GAAUUUCGAUCCACAAGUGAGAAUACAAACAUACAAAGUUAUAUCCAAGCGAUUUUCGGGAGUAAUCUUCAAUAAAAAGCAAGAAUGUCGUUGCUACCAUAUUUCUUCGAUGAUUUUGGCUCUAGACGCCCUCGCCGUCUGUUGGACCAGCAUUUUGGCCUUGCCUUAACACCAGAUGAUCUUCUUAGUGUCGCUGCCGGGCCUUUGCUGAACAGGGAAUACUACAGACCGUGGCGCCAUCUCGCUGCAGCGGCUAGAGAUGUUGGUUCCAGCAUCAAAGUCGACAAGGAUAAGUUCCAAGUGAAUUUAGAUGUGCAGCACUUCGCGCCAGAAGAGAUCUCUGUGAAGACUGCCGACGGGUACAUCGUAGUGGAAGGCAAGCACGAAGAGAAGAAAGACGAGCACGGGUAUAUUUCAAGGCAGUUCGUCCGACGUUACGCGCUGCCUGAAGGCGCGGCGCCUGAGACUGUGGAAUCGCGACUGUCAUCAGACGGGGUACUCACCAUCACUGCGCCGAGGAAGGUGCCUGACGCCGUCAAGGGAGAGAGAAAGGUGCCCAUCGCACAGACCGGUCCCGUUCGCAAGGAGAUCAAGGAUCAGAGUGAAGAAGCCAACGAGAAGGAAAAGUAGAAAGGUUUAUGAAGAACUUCGUUUAUUACAAAAUGGCGGUGCCACGAGAGACUGAUUCCAAAUAUUGUGUAGGUGUGCUAUAAGUUUUAUUUGUAAGCUUUGUGUAUAAUUUAAAAAUAAACUUUU